CGAUAUGGUAAGCUGAAGGCAAAAACUCGCGAGGUCGCGUGUACACGACCAGAUUCUUUGUGUAGACAUGUUGGUGACACAGCGAAAUGCUUUUUUGCUUCCAAGGUUGGCGCUCUUUUGCUCUACUUUAGUGUUUUGUCCUCGUCUUUGGCCUCCAAAUCUGCUCUACCGCCGUACCUGCCCUCUGCAAGAAUAGCGCGACUUCGAGUUAUCUACAACGUCCGAGAGACGAUUGCUGCACACCAGGCUAUGACAGGGGAGGACCACUACACCUAUAUUUACUACUAUGCAUUUUCGUCCGCCUUGGAGGAAGUGAUUGAGGAACUAGAACUGCUUGCAAUUCUGAUCAAACCUCUUGUUGGCGUGACAAUGGUGUCGUCUGGCAACUGUUAUGCAUACGGCAUGCCUGAGGAUCAGCUGAAUCUUGGAUCAGCCAUCGCCACCAGUCAACUGGGUCUUCCUCCACUGUCAGGGUCUGAUCUGAGUGCAGCCUCUGGAGGUUCAUACGAACAACAUGCGGGACUUCAAGGAAACCUCUCUAGGGGCGUGCUUGGUCUCUCGAGAGUAACAUCUACAAUGGUCAAUAUCGGUGCCUCGAGUUCGACGACGGCAGGAACGGAGACUGGAGCAUUUGGCUUUGGCCAGCAGCUGCAGUAUCCACAGGACAUGCUGUACCAACAACAGCGUCGCUUGGAGCAGCAGCAGGCAGAGCAACAGCAACAGCAAUUGCUACUCCACAGGAAACUGCAGAUGCAGCAGAAACAAAUUGAGCAACAGCAACAGCUCCUGCAGCAACGGCAACUGGGACUGGACUUCCAUCCUGAUUUGACUAUUUCACCCGCAACGAGGAUCCUUAUCAACCCGCAAAUCAUUCCUUCAAGCACUGUGAAUCCAGCAGCCACCCAUCGGCCAUGUUCGUCAACUGCCUCACUUCCGUCUGGCGACUUGUCAGACUCAUCAGAUCUGAGCCAUAAGAAUAAGAAAGAGCAACACGGCGGGAACGUGGGUCCCUCGUCCUCUGCUCGGCAUCCUACAAAGGGCAAGAAGCGCAUUGAGCAUAAGAUGCAGGGUGGGGAUCAUCAAACCCAUGUCUCGCCUCCAACCCCAGGCGUUCACCCGUCUAGGGGAUCUACUGUCGAGCACACAAAGGUUCCUCACGCCAGCUCAGCCAAUUGUAUGGGCACAUCGUCCAUUUUGAUGAUGGACGAGAGCCUUCUGGGGAACCGACACGCGCAAAGAUACAGGGAGGCAAUCCAAGCGGCACAGGAGGCGAGUGGGCAGCAAGUGAUCGAGAUCCCCUCCGCAGCGGCAGCUGUGGUUCCAGCCAAGACCCAGCUCCCAUUGGGAGCCAGCAGUUCUAGUUCGGCAACGAAGGCUCAACACACUAAAGAGACGCUAUCCGGAGUAACAGCGGUAGCUUUGCCCAAGGGAGAUCAUGCAGCUACAGGUUCUGGAAACAAACGACCGUCGCUUACGGGAAGCAUUGGUUACGCCAGUAUAAGCGAUAAGCAUCAUUCGCUCUGCCACCAUCACCGCCGCAACAAGAGCCAGGACAGCACACAAACAGCCAGGAAUGGAGUUUCUCCACCGGAGACUGUUUCGACGGAUGCGUCGCCGUACAGGCUGGCAUUGUCUCCAGUGGUUGUGACGCCGUUUGGUUCUGGGAUGAUCCCAGAGGCACCUUUGCCGCUGCACAUGAUCCCUGUGCAAAAUAUAGCCGAGAGAGAGACACGAGACGCUUCGCAUCGUCCCUCGCACCAUGGACCGCAGCACGGAUCAUCCUCAAAAGAAUAGUCUUGGUGUAAGAUUGAUAUCUCCAGAACCCAAUUUUUUGUAUCGUCGCAGUAGUCUGGUCUAAACCCUUGCUCAUCCAUACCUCUCUCGUCCUUCAAGGAAGGAAUGUACAUAAUAAUGGCUAUUCACAAAUAAAAUAUCUCAUUCACGC